CUUAGGCCGUUUUGGGAAAUUUUGUUAAGAGUUUUGCGAAUUUUUGAAUUGGGUUGGCAGUCGUGUGCGGGUUUGCAGUUUCCAAGAUGGUUGCAACGAAAACAAAGUGAUUGUUGAUCUGACGUUUGAGUGAAUCCAGUUGGUUUUUAAGUGGUAAAUGAGUGAGUGUUUGAUUCCAAUCGGGAUGAUGGGCUUUGAUCUUGUGUCCAACUAGAAGAGAGUAGUGCGUGGUACUGUACUAUUGCUGAAAUUCGCUGAAAAACAGCACAGAACACAGAAGGCGCCAUGUUUUUUUGCCAAGCCCAUCUCUUUUUCAGUGUAUUUACAUUUCUGUUCUUAACGCCGGGAUUUAUUGGAGCGAAUUUCUUGGAUGAGAAUGAGGAGUAUCUUAAUACGACGAUUGAAAUCAACCCUUCCUAUCCCCCUGAUAGCCUGCCCUAUGGCGAGAAUGUCAGCCUUAUAUGCAAGACCAAGCUAAUCGACAGCAUGAUUUGGUGGACUUUCAAUAAUGAAAAUGUUACAGACGACACAAGGUAUCGCAUGGAAAAGGAAUCUGAGAAUCUGGACCAAUCCCAGAAGAAGUUUGAGGUUUCUAUCAUGCAUUUGAUUAAUGUAGAUCAGCUGCAUGCUGGAGAAUAUAUUUGCCAUGCCAUUAUCGAGAGAAUCCUAGAGAUGGACAUAUCUAGAGUGCAGUUAAAUGUUUCUCUGCCUGUGACAGUAUUAAAUUAUUCUAAAACAGUGCGCACAAAGUUACAUCACAAAGCUCAAAUUGAAUGCACCAUUGAGGGAUAUCCAAUAACUGAAAUUGGUUGGAUGAAAGAUAAUGAAAUUGUAUCUGGGGACAAGAUUAAAAAUGAAACGAAAAUUAUUAAUGAGACUGUCCAACAUACUGUGUUGACUAUCAAUGAGGUGAGUAAGAAAGACAAUGGCACUUAUAGUUGCUAUGCAAAAACCCCAAUGAGUAGUAAUAACCAGAGCUUGGACAUCCUCGUUCUUAAUAAACCCACUGUUAAAUUAGAUAUGGUCAAAGCUAUUGGUAAGUCUAAGAUCUUUCUGAAUUGGACAGUGAAUGAUGGAAAUGAACCGAACAGUCUGAAAUACAUGAUACAAUAUAUGACACCUGGUGAAUCCAAUUGGAUUUUUACUAAAGACUAUGUAGGUGGGGGAAAUAGAUCUUACGUUUUAAACGACUUUAACAAUGCUACUGAGUAUACUAUUAGAAUUUGUGCUGAGAAUUCUGAAGGCAAGAGUCAAUAUGACAAAAGUCAGCCUGUUAAAACUCUUCAAGAGGAUCCUGUUUUUAUUACUGAAGUAAAGGUAACUGGGCUCACUGUUAGUUCCAUUACUAUAUCUUGGAAAGAGCCUCCAGAUCAUCUAAUGGAUUAUGUGCAAUUCUAUAAGCUGAAAUCACAAUCUGGAAGUGCUGUGCCAUUUGAGGCAAUUUCAAUUGCUUCAGAGGGAAAUUUGUAUAUGUUUUCCAACUUAAAUGCAGCAACAACAUACUAUUUUCAAGUGGCUGCUUGUAAUGAAUACAGUAAUGAAUGUGGCGAAUGGUCUGAAAAAGUUAAUGGAACAACAAUGGAUGGCAUUUCUGGACCACCAUCCAAUAUUGUUAUUACCUGCAGAUUCGAUAAUAUUAGUCAGACUAGCUUUGUUCACGUUUCAUGGAAACAUCCUACAAAUCCCCACGGAACAAUAAUGUCUUAUAAUGUGAAUCUAGAAGGCAACGCCUCGUUUAUCAAUGACCAAGGAAUCAUGGAGCAUACAACAUGGGGUCCGAAAGUGACCAGUGUUCCAGAAAAUAUUGCCAAAUUUUACAACGUCUCUGCCAACACCAAUUACACUGUUCGUGUGUCCGGCGUAACGAAAACCAAAAAGAACGGAGAUUUUAUUGAAGCACAUUGUGUGAUGCCGCCGACUGUACCUGAUAAACAAAGACUGUCUAGAAUUACGUGGAAGAAAAUGGAAGAGCAAGGUAAAUGGAUGUUCAAAGUGUUGAUGCCAAGAAUAUCCGAACGUAAUGGUCCCAUCUGUUGCUAUCGAAUUUAUUUGGUACGUAUGGAAGCCCAACAGAAGUUGACCGAACUUCCUAGCCCGGAGGAAUUGGAUGUGGUUUCUUAUCAAGAAGCGCAUCGCACUCCUAAAGGAGGCGCCUAUGUUGCUGAAAUGUUUACAAGUUCCACAUUCCAUAAUGAAAUUUUCUUAGGUGAUGAACAGGUUUACAACGUAAGUAACAUGCCUUGCUCGGGAUGCAUUGGCCUCAGGCCAUACUCGAAUCCCAAAGAACACAAAGAAGCCUCUCAUACGAACGCAUCCGCUAUUGAAACUAAUCGAGUAAGAAGAACGAUCUUAGCUGAUCCUUUACCACCAUACGACGGUAAUUUAGAUAGCAACAGCAAUUAUACAAGUUUCAUAGAAGUUGUUGUACAUGGGAAAGGGCCAAUGGAAACUAUGGCAGCUUAUAGCAAUUAUUUGGUAAUGAUGAAUCCUGGGCCUGAAGUGGUUGUCGCACCUGAAACGAGUCCGUUCAAUUCUGUCGUGCAAAUUGCGUGUGGUUUUGUCGCCGCUGUCCUUGUCUUGUUGGUCGUGCUUUGCCUCUUGCAAAAAUAUACUAAGCAAGCUCAUGCUCAAGCUGUUGAAAUGAUAACGUUUAGAAGUUCAUUGCGGAACCUUAGAGGACGGCAGCGUUUGGUUUCUCUAAAGCCUCCAGAUAUGUGUCCGAUUGUUAAAGCAGAAUUGGCUGCCUCUUACAUCGAAAGACAUCGUGAUUCUGACUACGGUUUCCAGCAGGAGUUCGAAUUGCUUCCAGAUCGUUUCAACGACCGUUCGACGAGGGCUUCCGAUGCUCGGGAGAAUAUUUACAAGAAUAGAUAUCCGGAUAUUAAGUCCUAUGAUCAAACCAGAGUUAAAAUUUCGCAGGUGGAUAGCAUCGCCGGAUCAGACUACAUAAACGCUAACUUCGUGCUAGGUUACAAAGAAAGGAAAAAGUUUAUCUGUGCUCAAGGUCCAAUGGAUACUACUGUCAACGAAUUUUGGCGAAUGAUAUGGGAACAACACUUGGAGCUGAUUCUCAUGUUGACAAAUCUUGAAGAGUAUAGCAAAACAAAGUGCGCCAAAUAUUGGCCCGACACUAGUGAAAUCGACAAAGUCUUUGGUGAUAUUAGUGUGACCCAUUGCCAGGAAACUAGAUAUUCAGACUAUAUUGUAAGGGAGUUGCGUAUUUCCCGCAGCGGUAGCAGAGAUAAGGAAGAUCGGGUUAUUACCCAGUACCAUUACUUGGUGUGGAAAGAUUUCAUGGCACCAGAACAUCCGCACGGUAUUAUCAAGUUUAUAAAAAGGAUGAACGAAGCCUACUCUCCAGAGCGUGGAUGUAUCUUAGUACAUUGCAGCGCCGGCGUUGGUCGAACUGGUACUUUAGUUGCUUUAGACUGUCUUUUGCAACAACUCAAGGAUGAAGGACAGGCAGCUAUAUUCAAUACUAUUUGUGAUUUGAGGCACCAAAGAAAUUUCUUAGUACAGUCAUUAAAACAAUAUAUUUUUAUUUAUCGCGCUUUGAUGGAGGUGGCACAGUAUGGUGAUACUGAAAUUUUGGCUACUGAUUUGAAGACAACUAUUGAUAAGUUGAGACAAUGUGAUAAGGAUAAGAUGAAAACAAGGAUGGAGGAGGAAUUCGAGAAUAUCAGGAAUGCUUACGAAGAUAGGAAAUCCUGUUCUGUAGCUGGUGGCGAAGAGAACCAAGAGAAGAAUCGCAGCGAUACUGUGAUCCCGUAUGAUAGAAAUCGCGUUAUCCUAACGCCUCUUUCCGGAAAAGAACAUUCCACUUAUAUCAAUGCUUCAUUUAUCGAAGGCUACGAUAACACGGAAUCGUUUAUAAUUGCACAAGAUCCUAUGGAUAUCACAGUACCAGACUUCUGGAGAAUGAUAUCAGAACAAGGGAUCAGUGUGAUUGUGAUGUUAUCGGAACUCGGGGAGGGCAGGUGUCCUAGAUACUGGCCAGAAGAUGAGACCAACUAUGACCACAUCUCGGUCAGAUAUGUCCAGGCGGAGAGUUGUCCGUACUACACGCGCAGGGAAAUGUACGUGAAGAGCAGAGAUGGCGAUGACUUCCGGGUGACCCACUUACAAUACCACGGCUGGCCGACUGUCGACGGGGAAGUACCUGAAGUCACACGAGGAUUGAUCGAACUAGUCGACCAUGCCCAAGGUGCACUUAUUCAACAUGGAUCUCCAACAUCGAUGGUGGUGCACUGCAAUAUGGGAUCGGAUCGUAGUUCGAUGUUCGUUGGUCUGAGCAUCCUUGUACAGCAGUUGCGUGUCGAAAAACGUGUCGACAUCUUCACGACUACCAGAAAAUUGAGGUCUCAGAGACAGGCAAUGAUCAGUACCUAUGCACAAUAUGAGUUCUUACAUCGAGCUAUCGUUAACUACGCCGAACUACAUAAUUUGUGCGAGACAUAAUAUUGGUGUGCCAUCGGUGAUUUUAAUACAUUCCAAGUGAACCCAAAGGUCGACUCGGACACCGAACCCCUACUGCGAUAUUAAUUAACUUUAACCCUCACCCCAAACUAAAAAUUCAACAACAAAUCUUAUUUAAUUCGUACCAUUCAAUAUUUUUCUUGUGAUUCCGGGGGUGCGGUACUCGUGUUGAAAGCGAGCGUUUCUUUGCUAGUUUUAAGUAACUUUUAAGGCCAUUGCCAAAAUCAGUUUUCAUAUGCGACGUCUAACAAAAUAAUUAGGAAAAGGACGUUACUCCUAGAGUGCAGUUUUAUUUUAUUUUGAACUAUUUUUAUUCGAAUCAAAUUUUAACUAUACGAGGGAAGCAGCUUUUUUCCUACUACUUCUUACUAACCAAAUAAUAUGAAAGAAACCCUUUUAUAAUGUAUAUUAUUUU